UGUCAAACUCAGUUCACUUCUAAAGCAACGAGGAGCCGGUUUUUGCAAAAGUCGAUCAAAUAUUUUUUAUUUGUGAUUUCGUGGAAAUUUGCUAUUCAAAAUGCGUUUUGCUCUGUUUGUCUUUCUGGCUUUCUGCCUUUUGGCAAUAACUGUGGCAAUACCCGCCAAGGACAGCAAGAAGCCCGCCGGUAAUGCCUGCGUGAAAUCCUGUGGGGACGCUUAUGAUCCCAUUUGCGGUAAAGCCAAGAAUACCAGCAAGGAGCGCCUGAUUACCUUCGGAAGCCCGUGUGUCAUGUCCAACUACAACUGCAAUCAUGCCGAAGAACAAUUUGAACAAAAAUCGAAGGGCGAAUGUGGAGGUGGAGUCAGCGUUCUUCUUUCCUAGAUACCCAGUUGGACUAAAUGAUUCUGUGUGCUAGAUUACUUC